AUGGACGUGGAUAUGUCGUCGGGCAGCGGCACGCCGCAGGUGCAACCUCAAGCUCAACAUCAGCAGCAGCAAGGAGAGUCACAGAUCUCAUCGACGCCAGCUCCGCCCGCUUCUAUUACUUCGACGUCGACAUCCGCUGGCGGUGUGAGUUUUAGGAGACAACGAGCAUCGCGUGCAUGCGAGGUCCGAUGCGACGCCGCAAGCCUUGGUGUGCCCUGCACCAACUGCGUUGCCUUCCAGAUUGAGUGCCGUAUUCCAAAUCCGAAGCGCAAAAAGACGCAAGGCUCUGGGAGUCAAACCAAUAAAGACUCCGAUAGUGAUCGAGGCGAUGGCACCGAAGACCCCUCGCCGCGACCUGUGGCUCCUCCAAGUACAGCAUCACUCACUCCGCGAGCUCCCUCAGUAUACCACUCCAACAGUGGCACUCCUCCUACUGCGUGGACAGAAGCUCAGGCACGUAAAGAGGAAGUCGACAAUGGGACCUAUCUAGAUAUCGUCAUGAAACCUAAGUUCACGCGCGCCCCUAUCACCGAAGCCGGACGGGUCGCAUAUCUUGGCGAGUCUUCCAAUCUCACUCUGCUUGUCCACGACCGCCAAGGGUCGGCGGACGUUGUACAUUACCCACUGCCUGAGAAUGUACGCGGUUCCCGAGCUCGACUUACAGAACUGGAUAACAUUGAGAUCGAUAUUCUGCAUCAAAGAGGAGCGUUCUUACUUCCUCCACGAACUCUUUGCGACGAACUUAUCGAUGCGUAUUUCAAAUGGGUCCACCCUAUUGUCCCUGUCAUCAAUCGUACCCGGUUUAUGCGACAGUAUCGGGACCCCAAGAACCCCCCAUCGUUGCUGCUCCUGCAGUCCGUCCUUCUGGCGGGUACUCGCGCUUGUAAUAACCAUCAACUGAUGGAUGCCAAUGGCUCAACCACUCCUGCCGCUCUCACUUUCUACAAGCGUGCCAAGGCCUUGUACGAUGCCAACUAUGAAGAUGACCGCGUGACAAUUGUACAGUCGUUACUUCUCAUGGGCUGGUAUUGGGAAGGUCCAGAAGAUGUCACCAAAAAUGUCUUUUAUUGGAGCCGUGUAGCAACUAUUGUUGCGCAGGGCUCGGGCAUGCAUCGGUCUGUCGAGCAGUCGCAACUAAGUCGAGCAGAUAAAAGGCUAUGGAAACGCAUAUGGUGGUCUCUUUUCACCCGCGAUCGCUCAGUAGCAGUUGCGCUGGGGCGACCCGUUCAUAUAAAUCUGGAUGACGCAGACGUUGAGAUGCUAACGGAAGACGAUUUCAUCGAGGACGAAGCAGACCGGGCGAGUGAAUAUCCGCCAGAUCCUAUACAUGUUCAAUUUUUCCUUGAAUACGUCAAAUUGUGCGAGAUUAUGGGGUUGGUGCUGUCUCAGCAAUAUUCGGUUGCGUCCAAAGGACUUAAACGAAAUGCCAUCGAUCUCACGCAUAGUGACAUGGCUCUGGCCGACUGGCUGCAGAAUUGUCCGAAAAUGGUUUAUUGGGAGAUGCCGCGCCAUCAUUUCUGGUCUGCGUUACUGCACUCGAACUAUUAUACAACAUUAUGCCUUCUGCAUCGAGCGCAUAUGCCACCGGGCGGUUCAUCACGCCUACCUGACCCCUCACCUUACCCUUCCCGCAAUAUCGCUUUUCAAGCAGCGGCUAUGAUAACCUCCAUCGUCGAAAACCUCGCUGCCCAUGACCAGCUACGGUAUUGUCCUGCCUUUGUUGUAUACAGCCUAUUCUCAGCCCUCAUCAUGCAUGUCUAUCAAAUGAAGUCACCGGUACCCUCGAUUCAGCAGGUAACCCAAGACAGGUUGCGUAGCUGCAUGUCAGCUAUGAAGGAAAUUUCACGUGUUUGGCUUGUCGGGAAGAUGGUUUACGCCCUUUUUGAAUCGAUCAUGGGGAAUAAGGUACUGGAAGAGCGACUUCAAAGGGCCGAAGGCAAGCGACACCGAAAUUUGCGCCAAAGUCUUUCUCAUCUAGAACAACAGCAAAAUCGACAGGCCGAGGCAACCAAACGAAAAUAUGACGACAUGGCCAUCGACUUUAGUACCAAUACACCUCAGCCUCAGGAGUCUUAUGAGAGAUCACGGCCUCAAACGCCGAGUGCUGUCAAGACGGAGCCAACAAGCUCGAUGCAACCUCCGCCGGUGACAUCUCCAAACGCGAGACAGAGCACAGCCGAUACUUUCAUGGGAGGCACGAACUCGCGCCCGCAAACUCGGCCAGCAACGCCUUUCAACCCGUCCUUUUCUGUACCACCAACACCCCCCGAUCUAUAUCUAGUGACAAGGAACUCUCCGAACCUGUCGCAAUCUCUCUGGGAGAACUUCCAGCCAGAUCAGUUGUUUCCUGAUAGUGCUGCCAUGCCAGCUUUCCCGAACCUGUCUCCAACACAAACACACUCCAAUCUUGACCAUAACAACAUGGGUUCAAUGCCGCCAGGUAACGGGCAGAGCGGUAUACAUAACCCGCAAGCAGGACAGUAUCAACAUCGUGGGAACGGGAUGAUGCCUCAAGGCUUUCAAGGACACACCAACAUGUGGCAACCUAACCUUGAUCCCAGCCUACCAGAGGGACAGAGCCCAGACAGCUGGAGCACUGCAUCGGGACCUGGUCAAGCUGUUCCGACAACACUCAACGUAGAGGACUGGUUCCAAUUCUUCGGUAUUAACGGCACGGAUCCCAAUUUCAACCUUGACGUGCCCCUCGGUUGA